ACUGCUUUUAAUCAUGCCUUGUACAUCGACGAUCACUCUCCCUACUCCUUUAACAUGUCUUGUACAUCCACGAUCACUCUCCUUCCCCUGCUUAGCUCUCUAUUAGUCCCUUUAUAUUCUCUCUUUCUGCCAAAUAAUCAAAACUUGAAAUCCACCAUCUUUCUCAGUCUUCUUCACCAAUAACUGCACAACCAUCAACAUGAGAAACUCCAACCCCACUCCCACACCAAUGGUUCCAACACCCUACCUCAUCACCAUUGUUGACUACCACCUUCCUUACAACACCCAUAAACUCUACGACAUCACCAUCGAUUCAAACCGAAAAAUCCAAACCCUCCUCACUUCUUCUCCUGACCACGUGGAUGCCUGGUUUAUCGAAAACUUAAUCCUCUCCUUCCCUUCCCCCAUCAUCGGCCUCCACAUCAAACGGAGUCAAUCAAACUCAGCCGCCACUCUCCAACUCUGCAUCAACAACUUCUGCCUCGUUUUCCAGAUCAUCCACUCCCCCUACGUUUGUGCUUCGCUCUCUAACUACCUCGCAAGCCCUCACAACAGAUUCAUUGGUAUCGGAAUCAAAGCAGACGUUGUAAAGCUUCUAGAAGAUCAUGGUCUCCACUUGGCGAAUUAUGUUGAUUUGCGUAACCUUGCUUCCCAGGUGUUGGGUGAUCGAGAGAUACUAAGGAGUAGUGAGCUUAAAACAUUUGCAGAAUGCCUGCUUGGGAAGAUUGUUGAGAAGCCGCAUAACAUUUCUAUGAGUAGGUGGGAUAGUCAGUUGCUUAGUGCUGAUCAGGUUAAGUAUGCAACUGUUGAUGCUUUUGUUUCAUUUGAGAUCGGUUGUCGUCUCUAUUCUCGUCAGACUUGAUUUCAAUUAUUCGUGUGUAUUGUGUUUUGUAUCGUUUUAUCUUUGUGAUUUUUUAGUGCUGUUAUAUAUAUGAGUGAAUGUCUUAAAAUUGGGUUUUCUGUUUUGUCAAUGUUUGUGUUUGUGUAUUUCAAUUCAGAAUUUUGUUUA